AUGGGUAAUCUCACCAUAGUUACAGAAUUCCUCCUUAUGGACUUUUCCAAAAAUUGGGAACUGCAGAUCUUACAUGCCAUGCUUUUCUUGCUGAUCUACCUGAUGGCUCUAAUGGGGAACCUGCUCAUUUUCACCCUCAUCUCUCUCAAUGGGCACCUCCACACUCCCAUGUACUUCUUUCUGAAGAACCUGUCCUUUUUAGACAUCUGCCUUAUUUCUGUUACUGUUCCCAAAUCCAUUGCAAACUCCCUGAGCCACAGCUGCUCUAUCUCUUACUUGGGAUGUGUAUUACAGGUCUUCUUAGUGAUUUUAUUUGCAGGAUCAGAGAUUUCCUUCCUCACAGUGAUGUCUUAUGACCGUUAUAUAGCCAUCUGCCUGCCCCUGCACUAUGAAACCAUCAUGACCAAAGGAUCUUGUGUGAGGAUGGCAGUGGCUUCCUGGUUCAGUGGAGGUGUGUUUGGGGCCAUGUACUCAGCUAGUACAUUCUCUUUACCCUUCUGCGGCCUCAAAGAGAUCCAUCAGUUCUUCUGUGAUGUCCCUUCUUUACUCAGGAUCUCCUGCUCUGAAAAACACAUUGCAGUUUAUGUGAGUGUUGCAAUUGGUUUGGGUUUAGGGAUUUUCUGCUGUAUUUCUAUCAUUAUCUCGUAUGGUCACAUCUUCUCAACUGUGCUGAAGAUUUCAGACACAAAAGGUCGGUCAAAAGCCUUCUCCACUAGUCUGCCUCAUCUCAUUGUUUUCGUGGUUUUUAUCAUAACUGGGGCCAUGGCUUAUUUAAACCCACCUUUGGAAUCUGACUCAGUUCUGGACCUAUUGUUGUCUAUGUUCUAUACAGUGGUGCCCCCAACCGUGAACCCUGUCAUCUAUAGCCUGAGGAACAAGGACAUGAAGAUUGCUUUGAGGAAGCUUAUGACAUGGAAAUACUUAUAA